CAGUAGGAUGGAGCCUUCCGCCUCUGGUGUUUUCUGCAGCCGGGUGCUCAGCAUGGUGAACUCGGAAGAUGUGAAUGCCAUCAUCAUGGCUCAAAAGAACAUGCUUGACCGGUUUGAGAAGACCAACGAGAUGCUGCUGAACUUCAACAACCUGUCCUGUGUGCGAAUGCAGCAGAUGAACGAGCGCUUCCUCCACCACACCCGGACGCUGGUGGAGAUGAAGAAAGACCUGGACAGCAUCUUCCGGAGAAUCAGGACGCUGAAAGGGAAGCUAUCAAAACAGUAUCCAGAGGCCUUUAGCAAUAUCCACGAAUCUCCCAUCCUGGAAGACGACGACUUCGACCCCAUCCCCAAAAGCACCGCCACGACCAUCGCUACCUCAGAGCAGAGCACGGAAUCCUGCGACACUAGCCCCGACAUCAUCUCCCCCACCACGAGCCACGACUUCGAGGACCUUUCCCAGGGCCCCUACGACUCGCCUGCCAUGAAUGGACAGAGUGUCACGGACGACGAAGGCAACGAGACAGACUAG